AUGUCGAAUGUCUGCAGUGACCCCCGCAUCCUGCAGAUGACCUACGAAUGGAGUCAGAGUCUUGCCUCUUUGGUUAUCGUAUCGACCCACUACCCUGACUACACAUUGAUUACAACAGGGUACGAGGUACGAUCAGCCUGCAAGAACCCGUUCAAGGCAACCAAUCUCAUCCAUCUGGUCGAGUAA